AUGCGGCUUACUAUUUCUGGUAAAAUUAAUCAAAAAGCUGGCGAUGAUACUUUAAUGAACAUGAUUAUUUUAGAUAUGCAACCGAUACGGAUAGUGGAAAAUGAUGGAUUUAAAAAGUAUUCGCGAAUUCUAAAUUCAGAUUAUGUAUUACCUUCCAGAAAAGUACUCACGCGUAUGUUGUUAGAGGUCAAGCAAAUGAACUUAGAUGUUAUUACUUUAUUACAAGAUAUACCAACUAGAUGGAAUUUCACUUUUUAUAUGCUUGAAAAGUUAUUGAGGGUUAAAGUUGCGCUAUGUGCAGCUUUGCCUUUAAUAGAUUCUCCUCCACCAAACCUGAGUUUUGCUGAGAAGGCUAUUUUAGAAGAUUGUGUGAAGAUUCUACAGCCAUUGGAAAUUGUAACCAAAACAUUGUCAGGUGAAUUUUAUUCCACCUUAUCCAGUGUAAUACCUAUAAUUCAAGGGGUGAAAAAUUCUAUAAAUAAAAGAACGCCAACAACUAAUACUGGGAAGAAUUUGCUACAAAACUUGUUGAGAAAUAUAAGUCAAAGAUUUGGUUAUUUAGAAAAUGAUGAAAUUACAGCAAAAGCAACAAUUCUUGACCCCAGAUAUAAGAAAAAAGCCUUUGGAUUAGAGAGUUCUGCGGAUAAAGCAAUGGCUUUGGUUUUAGAUGAAGUAAAAGAAAUGACUACGGCAGAACAUAUUGAAAAGGCCGAAAGUUUCAUUGGAGAUCCGUAUUCAGAGCGCAACUGUCUUCUGGAUAGUGACAUAUACCGUAAUAUAUUUUACCUAUAA